GCGGGGGGGGGGAGAACAACAAACAUGGCGGAGAGGAGCAAGACGGCGGAGCCGGGUAGCGAACUAGGAAGUGAUGAUAUCAUAGCAGGGAAUGUAAGCAAAUAUGCCGUUCUCCCAGCUGGUUACUAUGGACAGCCAAAAAAAGGACAUCUUAUAUUUGAUGCCUGUUUUGAAAGUGGUAACCUUGGCCGUGUGGACCACAUCACAGAGUUUGAGUAUGACUUGUUCAUUAGGCCCGAUACCUGUAACCCACGCUUUCGAGUUUGGUUCAACUUCACUGUUGAAAAUGUGAAAGAGUCACAGAGGGUAAUUUUCAACAUUGUCAACUUCAGUAAAACAAAAAGCCUCUAUCGUGAUGGAAUGGCUCCUAUGGUGAAAUCCACAAGCAGACCAAAAUGGCAAAGGCUGCCACCUAAAAACGUAUAUUACUAUCGCUGCCCAGACCACAGAAAGAACUAUGUCAUGUCAUUUGCUUUUUGCUUUGACCGAGAGGAUGACAUUUACCAAUUUGCCUACUGCUACCCGUACACGUAUACUCGGCUCCGGCACUAUCUUGACAGCCUACAAAGGAACAACAUGGACUACUUUUACAGAGAAUUGCUGGGACUCAGUGUGCAACAACGGCAACUUGACCUGCUGACUAUAACCAACCCUGUAAACCUUCGAUCUGGAUCUGAGCAGAAAGUGGUGUUCAUCACGGCUCGUGUCCACCCUGGAGAAACUCCAUCUUCUUUUGUGUGCCAAGGUAUAAUUGACUUCCUCGUGAGCCAGCAUCCCAUAGCUAAAAUACUGCGAGAUCACUUGGUCUUCAAAAUAGCUCCGAUGCUUAAUCCAGAUGGGGUGUAUCUAGGAAACUACAGGUGUUCCUUGAUGGGGUUUGAUUUAAACCGGCAUUGGGUGGAUCCGUCUCCCUGGGCUCAUCCCACACUGCACGGAGUGAAACAACUUAUCAUUCAGAUGUACAACAAUCCGAAAAUUAGCCUGGAGUUCUAUAUUGACAUCCAUGCCCACUCCACCAUGAUGAAUGGCUUCAUGUAUGGGAAUAUCUUUGAAGAGGAAGAAAGAUUUCAGAGACAGGCAAUUUUCCCUAAGCUCCUCUGCCAGAAUGCUGAAGAUUUCUCCUUUUCUAGCACGUCCUUCAACCGCGACGCUGUGAAGGCAGGGACAGGACGACGCUUCCUCGGCGGCUUAUUGGACCAUACUUCCUAUUGCUAUACACUGGAAGUCUCAUUCUACAGCUACGUCCUUGGAGGAAGUACAUCUACUGUCCCCUAUACAGAAGAAGCCUAUAUGAAGUUAGGGAGGAAUGUGGCCCGAACGUUUUUGGAUUACUACCGGCUAAACGCCUUAGCCGAGAGACCACUGGCACCUAUCUCCAGCACACGGAAAGAAAAAAUGCCCCCCUUCAAAUGUGCCACCCAGCGGGGCCCAGGGACCAGCCACACAGGCCGCAAGCUCGAGAAGAGAAGCCAGACGAACCCUACGGAGCACGCUCACUCGUCAUAACGACAUUGGGAAACAGGCGCUGCUGAGGGAGCGGAGUUGGGUCCGCACCUUUUGAAGGGGGGUGGGGUUGAAAUCGGUCUCUCUCUUUUUCCCAGAUAAGCAACACAACAAAUAGUCGGGGGGAGGAGGGGGACAGAAAUCAGCUAGAAAUGUUACAGUUGGUUUUCUUUUUACCGAGGGAAAAUCCGUCCCUGGCCUUUUGGCACAUCUCUGGAAGAUGUGAACAGAGAGAUUCACAAACACCAUUAACUGGAGCCGAGCAGCCAUGAGUUACAAAAAGAAGGGCCCUGUAGACCUCCCCUCGCUCUGUCAUUAGAGGGGUAGUCUGCCCACUGAGCAAACAAUUCAAAGCCCCAGUCGGCAAGUGCCGGGUCUACCCCUUCUGUGUAACAUUCAGCAGCGCCUGUGCAAGUCUCCUGUGCUUACCGGGUACUAGCGUGUACAUAAAUCGCUCCUGCAGGGAGGCAGGCGUGCUCCCCUGUGCUCUGCUUUGUGCCAUCUUUCAUUUCCUGGCCUCGCUCUUGGCUCUUCCCUCAGAUCUUGCCAUGAGAGACUCUGGAGCGCUCUUCAUUGAGAGCGGCGCGUGCGUACCAGUGCACGUGAUGGUUAGGGCUCCCAGAGCCUGGGCUGAGCCGGGGUGGGGAGGAUGUGUGGGGCCCAGUCCCUUGGCUGUCUUUAUUGUGCCUCCAGAAGCCAGUUGCAGUCACUCUGCUCGCCCACGUCACAGCUAUAGCCUGUGCUCCCCAGCAGAUGCUGGUUAGAAUAUGCACCCAGGGCAGGGCGCAUGGUUGGCCGCAUUGAUUGGCCUCCUGACAGGGGUGAGGGGCAAACCCUGGGGCAGGCUUUACCUCCACAAGCUAGAGCGGCCUAUGGUAGGUACCCACAGGGGAACCUGUGUGAAAAGCCACCUCCAGCAGGCAGCCUCCUCCCCAGGCCUCACCGCACCCGGCUGAAGAACCUCUCUGCUUUUCAGGGAAACCGAUUUGAAACUCUAGGGAAAGGCCUAAUCUAUCGAGUUUUACUGUUCCCUUCUGGGAUCCCCUUCUGCUGGUUCUAUGAGGUUCUGGAACGGGGUGUUAAUGGACCUCUCCAUCCCCAAACCUGGGGGCAUUGAGAGCUUGGCUUUAGCACCAGAAUUCUGGCUGCUGACCCCUGGUCUGAAAUGGCCCUCGGCAAAAUUAAAAGCAGCCUUAGUUUAAGUUACCCUGGCUGCAGUUGUCCCACAGGGCCUGCUAUAGCAGCAGGGAAUCUGGCUGUGCCAUGUUCUCCACCCCUCUCCGAAUAUCCUUGUCCUGGCCCCCCCACACCCCCUCAGGUGAGUGUAGGGGGCUCUAUGUGGCAUGAGGAUUCCCCUCUCUUAGGAGAAAGCUUUGCAGGCAGAAGAUACGGUUUCAAGUUCUGUGGUCCGGGUACAACUCUCAUGCAUAGCUCUAUGGCGACGUCUGAACAUACGACCAGAUCUGCAGCCCGUGUAUUGUGUCUCACCGCCCUCCUCCCCCCCACCCAGGCCUCGCUGCAGAUGUAAAGGAAAGCAGAAUAUGGCCCUGUUUGGAUCUGAAAAAGAAGCAAGUUCCAAGAAAGCGACAAACCUGUAAAUGCACCAAAGUUGUCAAAUACAAUCCAUCAACCUGAUUUUUUUUUUUAAUCUCUGGGAAGGGGAGAGCAGGGGGAAUAGGAAACAAGUUGAGAACAAGAAAUAAGAUGACCCACGGGAAAGAAAAUGAUAAAAACAAACUCAAUAUUGUCAGCAUUUCAAGGUUACGGGGUUAAACUGUGUGCAUUUUUAAGGAGGAUGAAGUGCCUUAAUAUGAUGAAUACCAAUGCAUCUAAAAGGCACAGUGGCUGCUUUCCUGGCUCUCUAAGCAGAGUAAUGAAUAGUGGUGACAGCAUGAUAAUUAAAAUGACCUCUUGGAGAUAUGGAUUAGAAGGCACGCAGAGCGGGGAUAACUUGUCCUUUGAAUUAAUCUAGUGUUAAUUUAUUACUAUAGUUGGAUUUUAUAAGGUUUUAGUGGAAGACUUUCAAAGUUGGUUUACUUGGGGGGGAUGGGGAGGAAUGUUCCCUUUGCAUGUUGAUUGAAACAAAACGUUUGCAGAAUUCCUCGGUGUUUCUUUCUGAAUAGCUCCAUGUAGCUAGGAUUUCGGGUAACGUCUCCUGUUCGUUGGGAGAAUCCACCCUAGAAAGGAUUAAUAAAGUGA